GUUGGCCGGAAGUUUGACCAUCGCGAUGUUUGUAUUGAGCUUACAGACCUUCAUAGGCUACAAGUAUAUGCGACCUAAAUACUAUGGUGACUUAAAGCGAAGCCCCGGAACCUACAUUAAAGACACAGACAAGCUGUUUGUGCAGCAACCUAACAGUACCAAUGUUUCUCGAAAAUUAGUUCAUUCCAACAAUUCCGGGCCAGUCAGACAUAUAGGAUUCUUAAAGGUUCACAAAGCUGCGAGUACCACCUCACAGGCAAUAUUUCUUCGAUUUGGAUGGCGUAGGAAUCUGAACUUUGUACUACCACCACAACGGAACGCAUUCAAAUACCCGAACAUAAUAAGCCUCAACGAGUCAGUUACUCCGUAUAACACUCUACCUCCGCCAGCUGGACAACAUUUUGAUAUCCUUUGUCAUCACGUGUUGUACGGACGUGAUCAGUGGGCUUCCGUUAUGCCGAAGGACUUUGUCGUUGUCGGCACUGUAAGAGAACCAUUUAGUCAUUUUAAAUCUAUAUUGAAUUACUUCCAGCCUGUUAUUAUUAAAAUUUUAGAGGCUAAGGACGAUAACCCAGUACGAACAUUUCUGGAAUCCCCGAAAAAAUAUGAUUCCAAAAAGCCUCAAAGGUCGUUAUUGAAUAAUCGGCUUGCCAUCGAAUAUGGCGUCGAUCCUGAUAUAAUAGCAAAACGAAACAAUGCGAGAUUUAAAGACUAUUUAUAUAAUGUUUUAGAUAAACAGUUUGCAGUUGUGAUUCCGGCUGAACGAUUUGACGAGGGCAUUAUUUUGAUGAAACGAAGAUUACGCUGGAGUUUAAAUGACAUUAUGUAUGUUCAGAAAAAUGUACGAAAUGUUACUAGACCCGACCGGUUUCCGGUAAUGGAAGACUUGAACAGUUUGCACAGAGAAUAUUUUAAGUUUGAUUAUAUGAUAUAUCACUUCUUUGUUGAAAAAUUUAAUAGAGAAGUUUACAUGGAAGGUCUAAAUUUCCCGAGAGAAGUAGAAUAUUUCAAGAAAACAAGACACGCAGUACAAUUAUUUUGCCACGGUAAAGGUAAAUCAAUUAAACAAUUGAAAAUCCCCUCUAGUGAAUUUAAUGAAGAGUUCACUAUUACCAAAGAUGAUUGCACAAUUAUGCUUAAGGGUGAAAUCGCGUUUACACAGAUGAUUCGCUUGCGACAAUAUGGCUCCGUGGAUUUGGAAAAUGUGAAACGGAAAGCAUAACCAGUAGUACUAUGCGGUAUUUUAGAGAGUGGAUAUUUUCAGGUUGCUGUAACAAAGCACAUUGCGUGAAGCUAAACAGCCUGUUGUUUAACUUUAAUCAUGUACAUCAUGUGUAUCUUUAUUGCUCCUUGUUAUAUGGCGAUCCUGAGAAAUGUGCACACAGCGACAUGCGAACACAGCUUGUGGAGACAUGAAACCAAUUUAUAUCUGCACUGACACAGCCUUAACAUAGACUAACAGUUGUACACAUGAAUGUGCUUAUAGUUAAUCGCAUUAUUCAUGUUAACGCUUUGUAAUGAAGCAAUAAUGGCACGCACUGCUUAUUUUUGCAUUAACUUAAGCCUCGUAUGGUUCCAUCUAUCGGCUUUGCUUGUAGAAGACAUUCAUGGGAAAUGCAUCAUUAUAUACUAGUAGUACUAAAAUUAUUAUCAAGCCACCAUUUAUCUCAGUUUCUAUGCCACCACUCUCAGAAGGCGGCAUAUAAAUGUCGCAGCGUACGUCUGUGUAUCUCUCCGGACGUGCAUCCGAAAAUUUGUCAAAUGUCAACCAUCGUUAAUCGUCGUGUACAAACCCUCUCCCUAUUGAAAAGGUCAAGGUCACACUAUUUAACAUGUCAAAUAUAAAAAAAUUGCCAUAAACAGCUUAUCAAUUCCUGUCUCAGACAUAUCUUUGCCAAUU